AUGGUUUUCCACAUUCUACUCCACGCCUCCGGCUUCCACCUGUCGCUGGGCACCUACGAGAGUGUGCACGAGACUGUGCCCGCGUACGACGCAGUGGCAUGGCACCUCGCCCACCGAUGGUGUGACCUGAAUUUCCAUGAUGUCAAAUCGCUGGUCGAGGCGGAGAUUGUGGCUGGGCCUCCACGCCUCAUCACCGACGAGGACCGUCUCCACCACCGCAAGGCCCAGCGGCGGCUCGCCAUUGCCAUGGCAGACGAGCGUGCCAUGGAAACCUGGCACGCGAACUUCCCCCAAGACGUCGUCGAUGAGAAGGAAUUCUUCGCAUAG